AUGUCUACUCUGAAAGCAAUUUGUGCUGGACUCCCCCUCCAUCCUCUUCCAGAGAACAGAGGCCGAAAGAGUGGCAUCCCUCAUGCUCCUGUGAGAAGCCCCAAUCUCACUGCAAGUGAAGAAAAAUUGGCUUUAAAAAACUCUCUGCGAUAUUUCCCGCCUUACUUGCAUGGAAUCCUGGCACCAGAAUUUGCCAAAGAAUUGAGGCUCUAUGGGCAUAUCUACAUGUACAGGUUCUGCCCCCAGAUUGAAAUGAGAGCUUAUCCCAUUCAAGAAUAUCCUUGCAAAACCAAGCAAGCUGCUGCAAUAAUGCACAUGAUUAUGAAUAACCUUGAUCCUGCAGUAGCACAGUUUCCCCAGGAACUUGUAACAUAUGGAGGAAAUGGACAAGUGUUCAGCAACUGGGCGCAGUUCUGGCUGGUGAUGCACUAUUUAUCUGAGAUGACUGAAGAACAGACAUUAGUUAUGUACAGUGGACAUCCCUUAGGACUCUUCCCAAGCCAUUGCAAUGCACCUCGAUUAGUUAUCACUAAUGGCAUGGUAAUCCCUAAUUAUUCCUCUAGAGAGGAAUAUGAAUCUAUGUUUGCAAAAGGAGUUACAAUGUAUGGACAAAUGACAGCUGGAAGCUAUUGCUACAUUGGACCACAAGGGAUAGUCCACGGAACUGUGCUAACAGUGCUCAAUGCAGGCCGUCGAUACUUGGGGAUGGAGAAUCUGUCUGGCAAAGUCUUUGUCACAUCUGGCCUUGGAGGAAUGAGUGGUGCCCAAGCAAAAGCUGCAGUCAUUGCUGGAUGUGUGGGAAUUAUUGCUGAGGUUGAUGAAGCUGCCCUCUUAAAACGUCAUCAUCAGGGAUGGCUGAUGAAAAUCACUAGAAGUCUGGAUGAUUGCAUUGCUCAACUUAGAGAAGCAAAGAAGAACAAGAUGACCCUUAGUUUGGGAUAUCAUGGGAACGUGGUAGAUCUUUGGGAGAGACUGGUGGAUGAAUUCAAUACUACUGGGGAACUAUUAGUAGAUUUGGGGUCUGACCAAACAUCUUGUCACAAUCCAUUUAACGGUGGAUAUUACCCAGUACAGCUAAGCUUUAGGGAUGCCAACCAACUCAUGUCUAGUGAUCCCAUAAAAUUCCAGGCUCUUGUAAAAGAAAGUCUUAGAAGACAAGUAACUGCCAUCAACAAGCUGUCUGAUCAAGGAAUGUUUUUUUGGGAUUAUGGCAAUGCUUUCCUUUUAGAAGCCCAAAGAGCGGCAAAUGCAUCUGUGAAACAGCAGUAUUAUGAUAACAUACGCUGGAUUCAGGAAGCCAGAAGACAUAAUUUGGUUGUUGGUUCCCAAGCCAGAAUUCUGUAUUCUGAUCAAAAAGGCCGUGUAGCUAUUGCAGUGGCUAUUAACAAAGGAAUUGCUGAAGGAAGAAUUAAGGCACCAGUUGUUCUUAGUCGAGACCACCAUGAUGUGAGUGGGGCAGACAGUCCUUACCGAGAAACCUCAAAUAUCUAUGAUGGGUCCGCAUUUUGUGCAGAUAUGGCUGUUCAGAAUUUUGUAGGAGAUGCAUUUAGAGGAGCAACCUGGGUUGCCUUACACAACGGUGGUGGUGUUGGCUGGGGAGAAGUGAUCAAUGGAGGAUUUGGUCUUGUCCUGGAUGGUUCAACAGGUGCCAAAGAGCGUGCAAAGAUGAUGUUGAACUGGGAUGUUUCUAAUGGGGUUGCUAGACGUUGCUGGUCUGGUAACAGCAAUGCUUAUGAAACCAUCUGUCAAGCCAUGGACAAAGAGAAGAAUCUGAAAGUGACACUUCCACAUAAGGUGCUAGAUGACAGCAUCUUGGAACAAGCUCUGAGUUGUUAAUUGUACAAUCAUCGCUUCAUUCUGCCUCUUUUGAACCAGGUUCCAACUGCUACUUUUCUCUUGUUCUAGUCCAAAGCUCCCAUUCGAUGAUACAAUAAAAGAAUGGUUGAAUUUUAUUUCAGGAAUGUAAUACUAAAAUAAAUCCACAUUAGUAACAUUAGUUUCGGCACAUGUUGAACAUUAAUGCAAGCUUUUCAGAUGCAAGUCACCCAGUGAUUUCCAGCCUAGGAACUGGUUAAUCUUGGUAUGCUCUCUAAAAUUAGUGCACAAACCCAUUGUUAUUUGAUUAGAAAUCCAAGCAGAAAAAGCAACAGGCAACACUUUUUCUACUGCUAAUCAUAAUGUUACUGCUUGCUGCAACUUGGGUUCUUUUUAAGAUUUGUGGUGAAAACUCAGCAUUGUAUUUCGCUGACAACCCUUCUCCUGCCCUCAACUUCACAGCAAAAUCGGACUCAUGCUGAGGAACGUUCAAAAUGCAUUUUGAAAAGCCUUGAUUUCAAUACAGUGUUUUUUGGCUGAUUUAUAUGGAGACUAAG